AUGAUGUCGGGGCAAAGGUUCGGAGAUGCACGAUCCGUCGUUGUCGUGGGCGCCAUCGCCGCCCUCGCCGCCGUUGCCCGCCCGAGGCCAUUUUGGCGACCCCGCCCUUCGCUGCGCCCCUGGCGCUGCCGCGCCCUGCAGCUCUGCUGCGUGCGGCCGAUGAGGAGGCACAGAGCAUCCAGCAAUAAUGCUCGGUUCCCCCAGAAGAGGCCCAAUCUUGGAAUACCGAGGCUCGGCACUUCCUCUAGAGCUUUCGCUGACGCCGCUGGGACUAACCACAUGGCAGUUUUGAGGGAUUUCGAGAAGGAUUACGGUCAGCGCGACACCCCGUAUGGGAAGCUGUUCGUGGACGCGGAGUUCCCGGCGGAGGACGGCGGCGACCCAGUCAAGAUCCAUCCUAUGCAAACCCAUUUGCUCUCUUGUUUCUGGCCUGCAGCUGCGCCGUUGACUUCGGCACGUUCUUGCGCCUUUGUCUCGGGGACGACGGCCGCGGCGGUUUCGUUUUCUUCUGCGACGAGACGACGCCAGGCAAUCCCCUCCGCCCCGACAAAGGCAGGAAGAUCAUGA